AUGGAAUCAACAGAGGAAGAGCCUGUAUUGAUUUCUCAAAAUGACUCGAAUUAUCUUCCAAUAAGGAACGGCUACACAUCAAGAAGAUCCUUACUUAACUCACAAGAACGAUUAAUCCUGGCAAGCUCAUCAAUUGAGAAUAUGCCAGGUGGAUGGCUCUAUAGAAAUUUUAUGAAGAGACGUAUAAUGUUUCUAACUCUCCCGCUUAUGAGCGAUUAGGAAAACUAACCAUAUCAAAAAGCAAUAAAUAUUGCACAUGCAAUUCUAUUAAUAUGAAUAUAUAUAGAUAUAUAUGCAAUAACUGCUAAUUGAUAAAAAUUCUAGCUAAUUUAAAAUUCAGAUGAAGCUAAUUUAAAUUUAACUUUAAUAUAUGUAUAUUCGAGAUUUUUUGAAAUUAAAAAAAUCAAUUUUAUUUAAUUUUAAAAAAAAAUAAUUCCUCCUCGCUUAGAGUAAGAACAUUAAACAUUUUUGGCAUAUUUUUGGAAAUAAGUGGAUUUAUUGCUGGUGAAUAUCUCACUGACUUUGGAACAGACAUUUCUUCAACAUAUGAGACGCCUUUUACUCUUGAUGACUGAUUUGAGUUUUCGCUCUGGGUUUUUAUACUGUCAUUAUCAGUAUUUCUACUCCCUGUGCUUUUUAAAAAGACUGAAAACUCAAUAUCAUUUUUGACUGAAAAAUUAAAAUUUUAUCAUUUUCCUGUGUGUGCAUUUUUGGGGAUUUAUUUUUUUUCGAAGCAAUUUUAUGAUAAUGAGCUAUCAUAUAUAAUAGUUAAUGAUAUUUUGCUAUUCUUGAUCGCUGUUUUUGUGUUUUAUAUAUAUUGAAAAGUGAAAUACGAAGAAGAUGGAAGAUAUAGAGUUUCUUGGAUUGAGUACAUAGGAAUUCAUUUACAAUUUUCUGUUUUAGUUUCUUUUGUCCUCGUAGAACUGUGUAGAUCAGUAUUGAUGACUAUAAUUAAGGUCAAAAAAAUAGACAACAGAGAGCUGUUUGGGCUGGAUUUUGAUGAGUGAACAAUAAUUGUAAUGGCUUUUGCAUUUGUUCUUGGAGUGAUAUUUUUGACAAUGUAUAAAGAUAUUUAUUUCGCUGGAGUUUUAGGGUAUAAUUUCUUUGGAGUCUUUGUAGUUCAAGCUACAGAUGAAUGUAUAAAAAGCAAUUGCAGUGAGCGCGUACAAGAAGCUUCAUUGGUACUUGGCUGUUUGACGUUUGGGUUUAUUAUCCUCACAAUUGGAUUUUAUCCUAGACUUAUUUGCUACAAUUUAAGAUCAAGUUAA